AUGUGUAUCGCACCAGCCCUGCCCCUGAUCCCCACACCAAAGCGUGUUUGCUCCAAAAUCUGCGCGCCUUGCUGCACCAAGGCCACGAUCGGGGCGCGGGGUAGGAAGGAGCGAAGGAGGGAAGGAGGGAAGGAGGUGGGGGGAGGGGGCGGAAGGCAUCUGAUCCGUCGCGGUUCAUAUGUUGUGCUCAACGUACCGGUCAAUCGCUUGAAGCUCCCCAAACUACGUGUUCUUUGUCUGACAAACGAGAGAGAGAGAGAGAGAGAGAGAGAGAUGAGAGAGAGAGAGAGAGAGAGAGAGAGAGAGAGAGAGAGAGAGAGAGAGAGAGAGAGAGAGAGAGAGCGCACAUGCUCUGCCAUCAAGGAUCCAUUGCUGGCCUCGUCGGCCUCGCCGCUUUGCAUCGCCAUCAUGGUGCCCAACAUCAUACAUGUAUUGACCCGUCGCGCCAUGGGCUUGGCGAUACUUGGCUCUAUAGCCUUGAUCCUUGCCAUGUGCACCGAUACCUGGAACCUUUACGAGGAGUGGAGCUAUGGCGGCACUUACACCGUGGGACCGCUUGGCCAGCAAGGAUUGUGGCUCGUAAGUCUGAACCCUUUCUGCAUCCUUGCUUCGCCUUGCUCGUUCUUUUUUGAAAAUGUGCUGAAGAGGGAGAAGAACGAGUCGGCAUGCAAUGACGAGACUGAUGACUGCUCGGGUAUGCGCCUGACCCAAGCUCUUUUGGUUCUAGCCGUCUUGGGUGCGAUCAUCAGCAUCACCCUGGCCCAACGCUUUCUGCGUGAGACGGAACCCCGCCUUGGCCGCAACACCAACUUUGGCUUUUUCCUCUCCUUUCUCUGCGCCGUCGCUGCCCUGCUGGUGUGGGGCACUUGGAAUGGUAACCACUGGGUGGUUGGCGAUUAUGACCUCGAUAUGGGCUGGGGCUUUUGGGUAGCCGUCUCUGGCACUUUUAUGUUGUGCCUUUCAGCUGUGGCUCAGGGCCGCGCUAUGCGCUGGCUACGACGUGGUGGCUAUGCCAACCUUGACAACGUUCACGUGCCGCGCCGCGCCGCGCGCUUUCGUCGCGCGGGCCCGGUUCAGCCAGCCGCUCAGCCCGUAGCACGCCCGCCCUACCCACCUCAGGCGCCGAUGCCAACGUAUGCCCCGGGUGGCGUGGCUCCUGGCCCCUACCAAGCGCAGCCAUUCGGGCUCGGUGGCCAAGCACCGCCAGUCUAUCAACCCGCCGUGUCCAUGGCCACGGCGUCUGCCCCCGUCGACGAUGAAGCCCCGCCCGCUUAUCAGGACGUCCUGCCCACCAAUUCGGCCAGUGCCAAUCCCAAACAGCCCUUUUAAGCCCUGUGAUUCGACUCUCUCUCUCUCUAUUUUUUUUGUUUAAACCCUUUCUGUGCAAAUCCCUUGUGUUUUCUUCCGCUUUGCUUUUCUUUGAGCCUUGCUUGACGCUGCUUUCAAUUUGUGCCCGAGCUAAACCGGCACCGGAACUCGGUGAGGUGCCAGCCUUUUGUUUUGUUUUUUGUUUUGGUUCUCUCCGUUUUCUCUUCUGUCAUCUUUCGGGCAUGCACCGUUCUUUCGGGUAGACGCACGUCAAGCGUUGAUUCGCAAGGCCCGAUGGAGUUUCUAGCGAGCUGUGCUCGUGUUGUCGCAAUGCUGGGGAUGCCUCUUUCUUUCAGUCUUUCUUUCUUCCUCUGAUUAGGAAAUCGAUCGUGGUUUGUC